AUUUGAUGUCUGUUUGACAUUUUAGAUGCCGAACCCUAUCGGGUUCCCCCCGACCGAAGAGCUUCAAGAAGAUCCACUUCAUAAAGAACAUGAGGCAACACGAUAUUCGCAACGGAAGGAUAGUCCUUAUCAGUGGCAGAAGAUCCUUCUAUAGUGUAUUUUCUGUCCUGCCCUAUCGAGAUUGUAGCCAAGCAGGGGAUGUCAAGUUGGAGGGAGGAGGGCGUCAGCGGCACCCGUCGGGAGGCGUCAGUGCCAAGGAGAUGGUCAUCGGGCUCGAGGGAGUGGAGUUGGGAGCUGACGGGAAGACCGUGUCCUACACCCAGUUCCUGUACCCCACCAACGCGCUGGGGGGCCGAAGGAACACCAUCGACUCCACCGCGUCCUUCUCCCAGUCUCGCAACGCCAGCCACAGGAGCCUGAGUUUGGGCCGAGCCAACAGCAACCAGAGCAGCUUGGACACCGGGAACGACCCGGGGGACUUCCGUGAGUAUGACCCCAACCUGCUGGACGACCCGCAGUGGCCCUGCGGGAAACACAAGCGAGUCCUCAUCUUCCCCUCGUACAUGACUACGGUCAUUGAAUACGUGAAACCCUCUGACCUCAAGAAGGACAUGAACGAAACCUUCAAGGAGAAAUUCCCCCACAUAAGGCUCACGCUGAGCAAGAUCAGGAGCUUGAAACGGGAGAUAAAGAAGCUGGCCCAGGACGAGUGCAGCUACGAGGAACCGACCGUGGCCAUGGCUUUCGUCUACUUUGAGAAGCUCGCGCUUCAAGGCAAACUCAACAAGCAGAAUCGCAAGCUGUGCGCCGGCGCCUGUGUCCUCCUGGCCGCCAAAAUCGGCGGCGAUCUGAAGAAGCGCGAGGCCAAGCUCCUGAUCGACAAACUGGAAGAGCGGUUCAGGGUGAACCGCAGAGAGCUGAUCGCCUUUGAGUUCCCGGUCCUGGUGGCGCUGGAGUUCAACCUGCACCUGCCGGAACACGAGAUCAUGCCCCACUACAGACGCCUCCUGCAGACCUCCUAGCACCGGUGAGCCAUCGGGGGGGGGGGGGUUCUCCUUCUGCGCCCGACGGACAGAAGGUACCGCCGGCUGCCUCUCGAGCCGGAGAUCAGCCAAAGGGAGCCGCGAGUCUGAAGCCUUCAUUACUUCGACAUUCGUCGUCACUACACAGACUUCUGAAGAAAAAAAGAAAAAAAAGGAUUGAAACUCUCUGCAAACGGGUUCUUUGCAUGUUUUUAAGUCUUCAUCUUCACUUUGUACAUUUUACAACUCUCUUGUUGAUUAAGAGAGCUUUUUUUUUCUCGGUUUCACUCAGUUUUAGCAACUGACGAUUGUAACAUUUUUUAUCAUCUCCUUUCAUUAAUCUGUCUUUUAUAACAAUCGGAUAUGACCGGUUGCCUCUCAGCCCGUGGCUUUGUUUUGGUCAGACUUCCUCAGAGUUACUCGCAAGUCAUUGUCUUAAAAUUGCACUUUUUGAUCAUUGUGAAACAUAAGGGGGACAUUUUUAUCAGGGUUUUAUUAAGCUAACCCUGAAAAAAAGAAUCUUGGGUCAUAAGCAUCACAAUCAUUCGAAUGGACCUCACGUGGCAUAUUCACACUUUCUAGCCACACCGAUCAUGCAUGAAAAGUAUGGAUUGUUUGCAUACGGGUGCUUGCAGACUAAAUGGGACUUCCUAUUUUCACUGAAGUAUUCCAUUGAUUUUCUACCAGUCAAAUGCUCGCUAUGGAUUCACAGAGACCAGACCCACUUUUAUCAAUGUCAAAGUUCCUGUGCUCUAUGUUAGAGUGUAUUGCUAGCCCAUUUACGGCGCUACAGCGGGGUCGGGAAGGUAGUUUAAGGGGUUUUUAUGAGUGCAAGAAUGCCAUUAAACCGUGAUCAGGACUGUCAGCAUGGUGCUCUAAGUGUUAAGGGAAAAUGUCCUUCACCUGGAGGAUGUGGACGUCCAGUUCAGGGACACUGACCUAACCUCUAAUGAGAAGUCGAAGCUAAACGAGAUCCCGACAGGGAUCAAUGAUGAAUUGAACAUUUGCAUAUAUUGUACCUUGAAUCAGUAUUUUUUGAUUUAAACGCUAAUUUGUUUUGGGGAGAAAAAAAAUUGUCAACCAAUGUGACCAAUUUCAAUAACACUGUUCCAUUCGUUUGGCUUGUAUCACAACGUUGAUUUCCUUGUGUUAGAAUCUUGAAAUUGUGUCACACAGUAUUGAAGUGGGGGAAAAAGCAUUUAAUGCUGCUUAAGUAUUGAUAUUUUAGGUGAAAUGAACACAACAUUAAACCAAAUUGUUGGAAAAAAGCAAGAAUUGUGCUGAUUUAAGAUGAAAGAAAUCUGAUUUCUGUUUGUAAACCCAAAGAUUUCGCCGAAAGAUGCACACUAAAGACUCGUGGGCGACACUUCUUACCUGUCUGUUUGUGAAUAAAAUGCUCCGCUUGUUCAAUCAAAA